CCCCCCACCACCCCCCUCCAUUUACACCCAUGAUUUAGAAAAUACGUAACAUUUUCUAGAUUAGUAUAACGGCAGGAAGGAGGGGGCAGGCGGGGGGAGGGUUAUAGUAUUAAAUUCGAGAUAAGUUGACCGCUACCAGUCAGCGGACCUAGAGUAUAGGCAACUUGACCGACCGCGUGCACCCUUACACAGAUAAAACCCUGCGUGACCCCCUAAAAAUUUAGUAUGUUGAACACAACCAAGUUAUAAACAUCUAACAAUGUCAGAUAAAAUCUUCCAAGAAGAAUUUGACUGCAUCAAAGAUGUGAGAGAGGGAGAUAAUGAGGGUGAACAUUUUAAAUACUUGUAUGAAGGAGAACAAGAUAAGAAAGAAGAAUCUGAGCUGGAAUGUCCUGUUUGCUACAAUUUAUGUAUGCCACCAAGAAUACCAAGAUGCGAAAACGGACAUCUAAUCUGCUACACGUGUAAAUGCAAACUUCCCACACCCCUGUGCCCAGUGUGCAGAGGACGUUUUUUAUUAAGACGUCCUCUGAUCGCCGAGGCGGUUGCAAAGCUUAUCCCGUUCCCGUGUAGGAAUGCGGGCAAGGGAUGUCUAGCACAGUUACCAUGGAGAACUAGACAGAUACACGAGGUUGAGUGCGAGUACCAACGGUUUUACUGUCCGUUGCUGACAUGCCCCACUGAAACCGAAUCCGUUGAACUGCUUCAGGAUCAUGUAGAACAGGUUCACCGGGCAGGCCCAAGCCAAGGAAUGCUUUCUUUCUAUAAAGAAUUCAACUCUGCAACAAUGAGUACAUACAUCUCUCCUGAUAUGAACAUGAUGGUUAUCCCGGGUUUAAGAUUUUUCUGGUGGCAACCUCAGAUCUUUCUGAAAGAACUUCCCUGUUUCUUCAUGGUCUUAAGAGAAGUAGAUUCGCAGAACAUGAGCACAUACUUCUUUUGGCUCUGGAUGGCUGCCGCCCAGUCAGAAACGGAAAAUUUUCAGUACAGGAUCUGUAUUGAGGACCCUAACCCUACAACUACCCCCAGAGAAGGAGGACCCCUCUUGUCUAAAUCUGGUCUCCUUGUCAACUUUGUCUCUGCUCCGGUCAGCCUCCAGACCUCGAUUGAUGAAAUCCAGGAUCUCAACCUCUGCCUUAAACUCACGGAGGAUCAAUUUCAUCAUAUUUUAACAGAUGGAGGACCAAACUGUGAUCAAGGCUGUCAUAAGGAUUGCCAGCAUAUGAAAUAUACUGUUCUACUUCGGAAACAGCGUAGACCAAGAUGCGGCUCAGGAACCCCGGUCCCAAAACAAAACAUUUUGAAAUUGUAAAAAUGAAGGUCAAACCCCCUUGUCUAAAAAUAACCAUCUUGGAACUACAAAAUGCGGCUCAGGAACCCCGGUCCCAAAGUAAAACUUUUGAAAAACAAUGGUUAAAAAUGCUGCUCAGGAAUCCCGUCCCAAAAUAAAAUAGUUUGGAACUACAAAACUUCGGCUACGAAACCCAAACCCCCAAAAGAAAACAAGCUGUAAAAAUGAUAUUCAGACAAUUUAUUUGUUGCUUUUAAACACUUGAGCAUAUGCUGUUUUUGCGUAUUUUUUUUUAUCUUGUAUAGCAAAUAAAUUAUACCAUUAAAACAUCUAUUUUUUCGAUAAAUCUUCGAGACGUUUACAGAGCAGUUUUAAGACGUGAAAAGUGUUAGAAAACAAUAUGUUUUUAAUUAUAUAAUAAUUUUCUGGUCGAUUAAUUCCUCCGUCAAUAACACAAAAAUCUGGAAGUAUGUUUUGUUUUUAACCAUAACUCUUCUUAUUGAAAAGCUAUGAAGAAAAAAGAAGUUUGAAUAUAAAAUACGUAACAGGAAUUUACUUUUCACACUUUGUGUAAAAUCAAAACUAGAGGAUCUAAAAGGUCACAAGGUCGAACCUGUAAUGUCGCAUAAGUUUGACAUUCUCCUUCUGUCAAGUUCAGUGUGAUUGUAGUGGAUGUUUCAACGAUGGUUUCAAUAAAAUGUUCUGUGUAGGAUGCUAUUUAGAAGUAAGUACCCGCUGACAUAUAUGGCCGAUUUCUUAGACGUUCUACCAUAGGUAGAACCAUAGUCACACUACGGUUACGCUUUACCAGAGCAGUGUAGAUACUAGAUAGAUAGAUAGAUUCGA